AUGUUUAGCGUUAGUCAUCAAGGCAGCGUCAUGUUCAACCUGAAUUCGCUUGCGGUCGAAGACUCGGUCGACAGUCAAGCGGAUGAAUCGAUGGAAACUUUCAGCACCUCGGCUGCGUCCAGCGUUGGCGCAGCCCAUCGAUUUGGCGACGUCGCCGAUGUCGGCUAUCAGCGCGUGGCAAUUUCUAGCGAGGAUGUGGGGAGGGUUAUCUUCGAGGACUUGCGAGAUGCAUCCAGCAGCCUGAUUACAGCUUUGAACAUACGACGAAAAUACAUUCGUCGAGCACUGAUGAACUUUCCGAACACGCUCAACUGCUUCUUGACCGGCUACUAUCCGGAACACAUGCCGCGGAUGACAAAGGUCCAAGCAGCUUCAGGUGUCACUUGCAACCCUCAUUGGCGACUUCUGUGUAACGAUGGGGAGUUGUGCGAGUAUCGACUGAUGCACGACAAAUUCCGAGUUAUGCGAUUAUUUGCAGAGUGGCACGUUGAACAUAGCUAUGGUUAA